AUAUUUUAUAAAUUUCCAUCCAUUCUGGCUGUGAGAAAUAUCUCCCUUGCUAUCCAAAAGGAGGAGUGCUUCGGAUUGCUUGGAUUAAAUGGAGCUGGAAAAACAACUACCUUUCAAAUUUUGACUGGAGAAGAGAUUGCUACUUCUGGAGAUGUGUUCAUUGAAGGCUUUAGCAUCACCACAAAUAUCCUAAAAGUAAGGUCAAAAAUUGGCUAUUGUCCACAGUUUGAUGCCUUGCUGGAUUACAUGACUGCUCGGGAAAUAUUGACCAUGUAUGCCAACAUGUGGGGGAUCCCCACAAGCAACAUUAAUGAUUAUGUGAACAGCUUAUUGAAAUCACUGAAUCUGGAUUCCCAGGAUGACAAGUUUAUUUACACUUUGAGUGGAGGAAGCAAACGCAGGCUGAGUACUGCGAUUGCCCUAAUGGGAAAAUCCUCAGUGGUCUUCCUGGAUGAGCCAUCGACUGACAUGGACCCUGUAGAACGCCUGCUCUGGGACACAGUGACAAAGACACGUGAAAGUGGAAAAGCCAUCAUCAUAACCUCUCACAGUAUGGAGGAAUGUGAGGCUCUUUGUACCAGGCUAGCUAUCAUGGUGCAGGGAAAGUUCAUGUGCCUGGGCAGCCCUCAACAUCUUAAGAACAAGUUUGGUGAUAUUUACACCCUGAAUGUCAAGUUCAAGACUAAAAAUACAGAUAGCAAUAUAAUAGCAGAUUUUAAAAGAUUUAUUGCUAAUGUUUUCCCAGGUAGUGACUUGAAGCAGGAGAAUCAAGGGAUCCUUAACUACUACAUUCCCAGCAAGGACAAUAGCUGGGGAAAGGUGUUUGGCAUUUUGGAGGGAGCUAAACAGAAAUUUGGUUUAGAAGACUAUUCCCUCAGUCAGAUUACUCUGGAACAAGUCUUCCUCACCUUUGCUAAUAACCCAGGUAACACAGCAGGUGGUAAUGAAAAGGAGGAGCCAUGA